AGGUGUCAGGAUCACCGUCUGAAGGACGGGGAGGGAGUGACGUCAUCAAGGGGGCACCAACGAGUUUUGCCAAAGAAAAGCUUGUAGAUCCACAGUGGAAGAGGGACACUGGGAAACGAACAACUGCUGUGUGUCUCAAAUCCACGCUCUCUCGGCGGUUUCUCCCGGUGACGCUAUCGCGGGUAAGAUCUAAUGUUAUUCUUUGAUAACACACACGGAAAAUUGCUCACGGCAGCAGCAGCAGCAAACUGACAGACUAAAACCUCCAUCUACCGGACUGCACCAGAGCCAAGAUUCAAUAACAAACUCCGAACUACGAAAACAUCACUUUCCCCAUGGAAAACUGUGUUUGUUUUUCUUUUUUCCGACACAAAUAGAGCAAACCCGUGGAGCAGCUGACAAAAGCAGGCGACGGGAAUGCGUGAGGAGCAUGGAGGGUACAGGACAGCCUGAAGCUGGAGAUGCCUCUCACAGGCAAUGCACAAUUGCUCCUCUCUAAGCCAUGGCCUGGCAGAAUACAUCCCCAUUACGUUAUGGCUUUGACCUGGGGGGACAUUACCAGGAUCUGCGUCCUCUUGGCACGGGAGCGUCCGGCCUCGUCCUGUCUGCGGUGGACCGGCGCAGCGGCCUGUGUGUGGCGGUUAAGAAGCUGGUCAUGCGAGAUGCCGUCAGUGUAAAACACGCUCUGAGAGAGGUGAAGAUCACCCGCCACCUGCAGCAUGAGAACAUCGUCCGGGUGUAUGACGUUAUGGGGCCGUCCGGUCACCCUUUACCACGUGACCUGUCCCAUGUGUCAGCAAUAUACAUUGUGCAAGAGUGUAUGGAAACUGACCUGGCACGAUUACUGGAGCAGGGGCCGUUGCCAGCAGAACACGCCACCCUGCUCUUUUAUCAGCUGCUUCGUGGGCUCAAGUUCAUCCACUCGGCAAACGUACUGCACCGUGACCUCAAGCCAGCGAACAUCUUUAUCAACACAGAGCAAAUGCUGCUGAAGAUCGGAGACUUCGGCCUGGCUCGCAUUGUGGACCCACAUUACUCACACAAGGGAUAUCUGUCAGAGGGAAUGGUCACUAAAUGGUACCGUUCACCGAGACUGCUGCUGUCUCCAAAUAACUACACUAAAGCAAUUGAUAUGUGGGCCGCAGGCUGCAUUCUGGCUGAGAUGCUCACAGGCCGCAUGCUGUUUGCAGGUGCUCAUGAACUGGAGCAGAUGCAGCUGAUUUUGGACACUGUUCCUGUUAUUAGAGAGGAGGACAGACAGGAACUGCUGAAGGUCAUGCCUUCUUUUGUAGGUCAAGGGUGGAAGGUCAAGAAGUCACUCAGAAAACUGUUGCCAGAGGUGGAGGACAAAGCCAUUGAUUUUCUGGAGUGUAUCCUCACCUUUAAUCCCAUGGACCGGCUGACAGCAGAAGAGGCUUUGUCUCACCCACACCUGCAGAGAUACUCGUGUCCUCAGGACGAGCCUGUCUCCCUGCAGCCUUUUCGCAUAGAGGAUGAGCUAGAGGACAGUCUGGUCACCGAGCACGGUCAUGCGCUCAGCUCCCACUGGGACAGGUAUGAUGGGAGUCUGUCGUCAGACGUUUAUUGGUCGCAGCAGGAGCAGUGUGGCUGCAUGCAGAGCGUCUCUGAACUGGGAGAGGCGGAAGACGAAGAAGUUCAAAGAGAUCCACGAGCGAGUUCAACAGCCCACAUCGAGGAGGUUCAGGUAGACCCUCGCAAAUACUCCCACAGCAGCUCCGCAGAGCGCUUCCUGGAGCAGUCCCACUCGUCUCUGGAGCGCAUCUGCGGCCAGGUCACGGAGCUGGACUGCGGUCGCUCCUGCGAUUACAAAGUGGGCUCUCCGUCCUACCUGGAUAAGAUUGCGUGGCGGGAAGGGAAGCCGCAGCACUACUCUGAACCCAAGCUAAUACUGGACCUGUCUCACUGGAGGCAUAACACCAUGUCUGCUCCAAGAGGGGGCAGCGUGGAAAAGCCUCUCGCUGAGCCUGGAGAUCUGUUCCAGGAGAUCUCACGCUGGGUGGAGAGCACACAGUCUGGUCUCCACUCGCCUGGUUCUCCUCAAAAACCACUCACUUCCCCGUGUUCCCCUCCUCAACCUCUAUCUCCUACAAUGUUGCCUCAUUCUCAGAUGCAAAUUCCAGGGGCUUUGCAACUGACCAGCCCUCAGGACAACAGGAGGAGUCCUAACCCCUUCUUCUCCGCUCCUCCUCCUCUGCUGCCCACUUCACCUUCCUCUCCUCAUCACAGUUCAUCCGAUUACCUGUCUUUCUCCAUUCAUUGUGAAAACGAUGAAGAGCCAUCGCAGAUGGAUCCUUCCGGAGAAGAACAUUUUGACCUGGAUGUGUUUAUCUCUCAGGCUCUGAGGCUCUGUGGUCAGAGCGAGGUACUGGUGGAGAACUCGGACGCUCCCGAAUCGGGCAGCAUUAGUCAUGUUCGUAACGUCACAGAUCACAGACCCUCCAGAACACAAACUCUUACGCCUGAGAUGGUCAAGGCUCAUGGAUGCAAUAAAGAGCACUGGUAGAGGAUAUCUUUGACUUUUUAUUUAAUGAUUUUGAAGAUGUUUGGCAUGAAUGAAUGUGAAUACUGGGGACUUAUUGAGAAUGUUGUUUUAUUACCUGAAGCUAUGAUUCCAGAAAUCUAAAGUAUUUACCUCUAGAAUGCGGAUUACUUGGCAGAAAAAACAUCUGAGAUCUCAAGAUAGGAUUUGAUUGGAGCCUUGAGGGCACUUGGUGAUGGGAAAUCUUUUUUCUUCCCUCUGUUCUCGUUUUCAAAAAAAAAAAAUAAUAAUAAUUUCUGUGUGCUCUCAUAUUUGAUUUCCUGCAUUUCUGUUUACUAUUCCAUAUUAAAUCUUUUUGGCGAAUACAUUUAAAGUAAAAUUUUAAAUUUAAUUUUGAAAUUGUGCAAGUUUCUUAUAAAAAUGUGCAAGUAUUUUUUUUCCCCUCCCAACUAAUUUUUCCCAUAACUAUCUCUGCAGGCGAUCUGUAAAUAUGAAACAAAUGUUUUAUUUAAUGUUACUCAAGGCAUUGAGCAAGAGAGAGGCUGUCUUUCAGUUGUUGUCUUUGUCUUUUAAUUGUCGUUUAAUAACUUUAGUCUGGAACAGAUCUUUAGUUUAUUGUCAGUACUUUGUUAAAUAAUUAAAAGUGUGUAAUGGAAGUAAUUUUUUCCAUGUUGUCUAAACAAAUUUUACACUUUUAGCUGAAAAAUGAUUAAUGCCUGUCAAAUAUAUCUGUGCAUUGGGUAUUUCUAGUUUUUUUUUUUUCAAAUAGAUUUUCCACUUUUUCACAUCUUCCAGUGGAUGGCCAAACAGUCCCACCGCAAACUCACACCAUUGGUUGCUGUGUUGUAGAAACAGUAAUAUAAAGACAUUCCAAAGAAAAACCCACAUCUUCAACAUUAAAACAUCAAUCACCAAAUUAAAACAGGAGAUUGGCAGAUUGUUACUCUUUGUAAUUUUAAUUCCCAUAAUUUAAUUAGUUAAAAUGCAGACAACUUUCACAAAAAAAAGGUUCCAAAAAGAAAGAGAACAGCAAUACAGUACAUUUGCAGAUAAGGGGGAUUUUGUUAAAAUUCAAGCCCUGUCUUAAGAUGGUGCCAGACAGUUAACAGCAUAACAUUCACAUCAUGGCAAUAGAGACGACACAGCAGGCAAUCAGCAGGCCAGCAGAGGAUUGGGCUACAUUCUAUUUUCAAGUGCAGAUAAGAACAUGGAAACUUAAUAAAUGAUAUUAGUACCCUACGGGAGAAUGUCGCUAGGCUGCCAAGAACAGUUACGAAACCUUUUAUCAUCACACGGGUUGUGGAUCUGAAUGAUUUUGUUUCGGUAAGUCUUACAUAGUGAUCUGUUUGGAUUUGUCCAAUCAUAACAUGUCCAUCUAAAAACACAGAAUGGCUUUGAUUUUUUUUUUUUUACAUUUAUUUAGCGUAACAGUGGUUAACAUGCCAUUCUUUGAAUAUGUAACUCAGGACUAACUCUGUGGCCAAACUGCAACCUCAUGUUCAGUUACGCAAAUACCUGAACGCAGAUGCGAUUCCAAAAUUCAACACGACUCUCAGCUACAGCGGCAAAAUAGUGUUAAUUUCUUAUGGAUCAACUACUGUCAUGAUGACUCCGCAACAAUCUAAUGUUAUAGCAACUUGCCUGAAUAUUAACACAUUAAAGGGAUAGCUCACCUUCAGUUUCUGGUCCCAGUUGACUUGCAUUGUGUUUUUUUUUUUCUUUCUCCAUACUAUGGAAGUCAAUGGGGACCUUCAACUGAAGGUGAACUAUCCCUUUAAGUUUAAUGUCAGAUACAUUUAAAGAUUCAAUUCAAUCACUCUGAGUACUGAGGUUUGUUAGCGUGAGAUCAAAUUUACAAGAGCGUAUGCGCGUUGGUUCAGCGCCAAGCAGCUGCGUUCGCAAACUUACGUAAAGAAUGUAUUUUUAAUUUUUGU